AUGGCCUCCGCAGAACUCUCCAAGAAGCGCAAGCGCGCCGAGCCCACCACGGCCGACGCCGCCGCCGCCGUUGCAGACGAGUCCUCGACGAAGAAGUCCAAAUCCGAAAAGAAGGACAAGAAGGAGAAGAAGGAAAAGAAAGAAAAGAAGGCUGCCGCCGCCGCCGCAGAAGCCGCAACCGAAGAAGGCGGAGAAUUCAUCGCCCUCGAGGAAUCAAAGGCCGAAAAGAAGGAACGCAAGCGCAAGGAAAAGGAAGCGCGUAAAGCCGCCGAGGCCGCCGUAGAGGACGCACCAGCAGACGCCGACGCAAUGGACGUUGACCCGCCCGCGCAAGAGAGGAAGGUCAAGAAGAGCAAGAAGGAGGACUUGGAUGUUAAGACGGAGAAGAAGGACAAGAAGGACAAGAAGGAGAAGAAGGAUAAGAAGAAGAAGGAGGUUGAGACCGAGGCCAAUGGCGUAGAGACCGCUGCCGCCGAGGAGAAGACGGAGAAGAAGGAGAAAAAGUCAAAGAAGGCGAAGAAGGCAAAGGACGAGGCUGCGGCAGCACCCGUCGAAGAAGCAGCGGCUGAGCCAGCGGCCCAAGAAGAAGAGACCGCCGAGGGAGGAAAGAGGGAAAAGUACAUUGUCUUUGUCGGAAACCUCCCCUACACGGCAAACAAGGACUCCAUCAACGCCCACUUCGCAGCCUACAAGCCCAGCGCCAUCCGCUGCCUCCACAAGGACGGCAACCCCAACGUCUGCCGCGGCAUCGCCUUUCUCGAGUUCUCCAACGGCUCCAACAUGCGAACCUGCCUCGACAAGAUGCACCACACCUCGUUCGACGACGGCCUCUCGCCCGCGCGCCAGAUUAACCUCGAGCUUUCCGCCGGCGGCGGAGGCAAGAGCAAGUUCCGCAAGGACAAGAUCAAGGAGCGCAACGUCCAGCUCGACGAGAACCGCCACAGGCGCAUGCAAAAGGAGGAGGAGUACAAGAAGGAGAGGGCCAAGCAGGGCGGGGUCAACUCCCAGCAGGAUAGCAUCCACCCCAGUCGCUUGGCUAUGAUGUACCAGUAG